GAAAGAGCUGAAGAUGUCGGCUUGGUCAUGUGAUCAGCUGUGUCCAAUCACAGCUGAUCACUGAUCAUCAGGACACUGAUGACCAGUGUGCCGCGAUGAUCAGUGAAGCCCCAACAGUGCCACCUGUCAGUGUCCAUCAGUGCCUUGUGUCAGUGCUCAUCGGUGCCUCAUGCCAGUGCCCAUCAGUGCCACAUCAAUGCCACAUAUCAGUGCCUACCAGCGCACAUCAAUGCCACAUAUCAGUGCCCAUCUGAGCUGCCUUUCAGUGUCACUCAUCAGUGCCAGUCAGUGCCACCUAUGCCAACAUAUCGGUGCUGCCCAAUAA